CGACAGGUAAAUAAACAAAUCAGACGACAACAAGAUGGCGGCGCCCAAGAAGUAUGGGCUGUUCUUGCCCAAGAAAGCUGACAAGCCAGGUGUUGCACCUCGGCCUUCAAUUUUCGGAGAUGACAGUGACGACGAGCACGACAAGGCGUCAAUCGAGGCAUCAAUCAAAAAGGAGUCUUUCAGGAAUUUAACCAAGAUCCAGACCCAGCUUCAGUUUCAAAAGGCAAUGGAAGAGGACCCAACUGUCUUUGAAUACGACGAAGUCUACGAUGACCUGAAGCAAGUCAAAGAGGAAAAGAAAACAAAAGUUACAAAAGACAGAACACCACGCUACAUCGCAAACCUGAUGAAGGCUGCGGAUAAUCGCAAGAAGGAGAACGAACGCCGCGCCCAGCACAAGAUCCAGAAGGAGCGAGAGCAAGAAGGGGAGGCCUUUGCGGACAAGGAAGCCUACGUCACCUCCGCGUACCGCAAAAAGAUGCAGGAGAUGCAGGAAGAAGAGGAAAAAGAAAUGCGUAGGGAACAACUAGAUGAAAUGAUGAACGUCACAAAGCAAAGCGACUUGAGCGGCUUUUACCGCCACCUCCUGAAGCAGACGGUCGGCGAGGAAAGGAUACCGGAGAACACGGAUGAACCUACUGUGAAGAGGGAAGAAGAAGUAGAAGAAGACUCGCGGGACAUUCGGGAAAAGAAAGCAGAAAGAGUCGACAAGGGACAGCCAGGUACCUCAAAGCAGGUCGAGGACUCUUCAGAAACGGAGUUCAGGAAGAAGCCCGGCAAAAAGCAGCAGUACCGCAGGAGGCACAUCAGCGAAGCUUCCGACUCCGCGCAAAACGCGCAGAGCGAGGCGGAGAAGAACGUCGAUGCAGACAGUGACUUCGAGAUCGAUUCCAGUGACUCGGAGGGUGAAGAGAGGCAACCCGUCGCAAAGAACGGCAGGAAACGCAAGCAUUCUUCAAGCGACAGCGGCGGAGAGGAGGAGGAAAGCUCCUCUGAGAAGGUGACUAAGGAGGACGGCUGCGAGAAAGAUGAGCAUGCAGCGAAAGCACUGAGGCAGACAGAUGAUGAAUGGGUUAAGAUGUUUGAAAAGAGGACGGUGGGCGAAGUGUUCGAGGCUGCUAGGGAGAGGUACUUUCAGAGGAGGCAAGCCAGGAGGUCAGGUGGGCAGCAGUAAUUUUGCCUCGAGGGUGCUUCAUGAUGCUUUACUGUGGCCACUUUAUAGAAAUGUUUAUGAAUUCAGGUGCCACAAAUGUGGUUUCUGCCGCGUGUAAUGAAGCAUAAAAAAAAAAGGAUAAAGAGUCGACACACUUUGA